UGCUACACCGAUAGUCGGUAGUCUACGCGAGUUAAAUGGAAGCUUAAUCAAUAUGGUGGCGGAAUGUCUCAUCCUAACCUAAGUAGAGACAGUGGACGACCGGUUGACGGGUUCUCUGUAAGAUUCCAAGACUUUUUGACUUUAAAGAUGGAAACGUGAUGAUGAUUCUGUGUCGAUUAGUUUUUUCGGCGUGUAAGAAACGGCAUUGGUUUUCGCGAUAACCUCUCGUUCAUGAUCUAUUCGUACAGCGCAAGCAUAACGUCAACAUGCUGUUUGAGGUUGAUGUAUUUAUCAGCAAUUACACGCUGGUCGAUCCCGAAAUUUAUCAGCUUUGGGUCGACGGCCAUACGUCCAGCGAAGCAGUUAAUAUUCUGCAUCAACGAGGAAUCUGUCAGCAGACCAACGCACCACUCGAACUGGUUGCAUCCGACAUUCUCGAUCAUUAUCGCACGUAUGCCCUGCUCGAGAAAUUGCUUCACACUCCUACAAAACUUGCCAGUGAACAACUAGCUUUUCAGAUAGAACCGCAAACUAGUCAAAUGCUCAUAGAAAUGUAUUAUGAAUUUGAUGAUGUUGUUAUACGUGAAUUACUGGGAAAGAAGAUAACAUCUAAAAGUAGAAAGGAUAUGGAUGAAGUGGCAGAAAAAACAGGAAUCACAUUGAAGAGUUGUAGAAGACAAUAUGACAAUGUUAAAAGAGUAUUUAAAAUAGUUGAAGAUUUACCUGGUUUUCUUGCAGCCAAUAUAAAACAGCAUUUUUUACUUUCCGAAGAUCUUGCCAAGCGAUAUGCUGCAGUAGUGUUUAUAGCAUGUCUGCGAUUUGAAAUGAACAAAAGAAAAUUGCAGUUUUUAACAUUUCCUGAUUUAUAUCACUGUGCUAAUAGUAUGAUGUCAUCAUGGACAUAUCGUUGCGUCGGAUCUGAAUACUUUGACACUGAUUUAGAUAGAGAAUUUUUACAGGAAUUAUCAGAAUGCAGAGUUCUUCUAGAAAAUGAUAAACAUCACAAACAUUUAGUAUGUCUUAAACUCAAACCGAUGCUUCUCGAUCGAUCUUAUCAAGAACUGGAUAUAAAUUUUCGUUCAUAUUCAAGAGCGAUACUUGGAAUUGGAUGCAACUUGCACAGAUCGCGAGAACUGAGAUUUUUCUUUUUGGAAUUGGUGGAGAGAUGUAUUGAACCUUGGCGACAAGUCAAUUGGACGCACUCCGAUCUACGGAAUUUCCUAGCAGUCUAUACGCAAUGUGCUCUUGAUAUGGAUGUACUUAGAGAAGGAGAACUGAGAGAUGCGUUUGAACGUUACAUGACAGUAGUAACAUGUUGUCUGUUACGUAUGUAUCAUACAUAAUUAUUAAUGUAUAUAAAGAAAUAAAUAUAUAUGGUUAUAAUAUAUAUAUUUACAUAUACUUAGAAGGUAGAGUAAACGAUAGGAUUGAUAAUUUGUACAUUUCAGUAUUUAUUUGUUUUCUGUAAUAAAUAAUAGACAGAUGCAGCA